AUGGUAUGCGUACAGCUGACGACAAACGGAUGUCCAGGUGGCGCCAGGGGCAUAGGGCUUGCUCUCGCCGAGACGGUGGCCGCACUGGGGAGUGAUGUGGCUAUUUUGGACGUCCUUGAGCCAGAACGUCCAUUGGCCGAAAUUGAGAAGGGUUACAAGACUAAUUUUAAGUAUUAUCGAAUGGACGUUACAUCAAAGGAUGACAUGGAUGCUGCCUUCAAAAACGUUGUCAACGAUUUUGGACAAAUAGACAGAUGCAUCACCUCCGCCGGGAUUGCACUGGACAAGCCAUUCCUUGAGCAUACAUGGGAAGAGUCUAGCCGCAUCCUUGAUAUCAAUGUGCUCGGAUCAUUCUUCAGUGCGCAGCUGGCCGCAAAACAGAUGGUGAAACAAGAAACCGGGGGAGCAAUUGUUAUGAUAGCCUCGAUUGCCGCACACUGUGCAAUCCCUGCUCAACGCGUUUCCAUCUAUGGCGCAUCCAAAGCGGCCAUUAAGCUGCUUGGACAGACGAUGGCCGUGGAGAUGGCCCCUUUCAAUAUCCGAGUAAACACUCUUUCGCCAGGGUUUAUUGCAACUAGCAUGUCUCAGCAGUUCACUGAGAUUCAGGAUGUAUUCCAAACGGUGCCUCCUAUCCGGCGAAUCGGACGUCCUGAUGACUUGACUCUCGCGGUGGCGUAUCUGCUCAGUGAUGGGGCGUCGUAUACAACUGGGGCGGAUAUAGCAGUCACCGGGGGGUUGCAUAACGGACGAAUUGAUAUAUAA